GAGAAUGAAAAGGAGGAUCCCUGUCUCUAUCCCAGAAUUUCCCUCACUUUCUUUCCAUUCACAGUUUGAAGCCUUUUGCUCAGGGGGCCUGGUCCCAGGCUGGAGUCUGAUUGUCCAGGGUCAGUCCAACUCCAAAGAUGAUGAGUUUGAAAUAAAUUUUCUCUGUGAGUCAGGUAACAUUGCUUUCCACUUCAAACCUCGAUUCUCCAAUGGCACCUUGGUCUGUAACUCCUUCCAGCACAAUCAUUGGGGUGAAGAGGAAAUUUACAAUGUCUUCCCUCUGGAGCUAAAGGAGCCUUUCGAAGUAAAAACCAGACUCUUUCCUUCUCAGAUUGAAGUCUUUUCAGAUUCAGAGCAUUUCCAUGUCUUCAUCCAAGAGAAUAAGGUGGCACAGUACGAGCACCGUCAGAAACCGCUGUCCUCCAUCACCAAGGUGCAAGUGCUGAAUGACCUUAGAUUCCCACUGGUGGAGCUUUCCAAGAAGCGCCUUUAUCUGGGGUAAAGAAAAUGCCUCCUUGCUUCAGUCCUCAGGGUGGAAUAGUCUAGACCUGGGAGAUCACCUGACAGCUGAGGAAGCCAAAGCCAAGGGCGUUUGAAGACAUUUGCCCUAGGUCACUCGAGGAGCAAAGAUGGUGUUUCUUUCUACUGUAUUACUCUACCUGUACCUAUCCAGUCAGCUUCUCUGACCCUACUAUAGAACAUGAUAGAUCUGACAGGAUCCUCUGGAAGUCAUCCUGCCCAUCCCCUCCAGACCUAGGAGGGCAUUUGAAAGAUCCUGGAUCACCUGUGCCAUUAAUCUCUGACCUUUAUAGGAGGUGGGGAGACUAAGCAUCCAUUAUGGCACUGUA